AUGCUUCGAAGAUACGCCCUAGGUUUCUCCUCCAACGCUUCACGGCCCUUCUCCGCCAUGUCGUCGUCUGCUACUCCCCUCGAAGAUGCCAUCCGCAGCAAGAUAACUGCAGCCCUCUCACCCUCAGUCCUCGAAAUAUACAACGACUCCCAUCUUCAUUCCCACCACAAAGCCAUGGUGGGCAACAGCUCCAGAGAAACUCACUUCAGACUCAUCAUCAUUUCCGACGCCUUCCGCUCCAAGAUGCAGCCCGCCCGCCACCGCAUGGUCUACGCUCUGCUCCGCGAAGAGAUGGACCGGGAAGGCGGCAUCCACGCCCUGCAGCUCCGCACCCUGACCCCGGAGGAAGAGGAGCGGCAGAAGACCAAGGCGGCCCGUGCCGCCGAGGAGAAGAAACAGAGCCAGGAAGCCCAGGCGGAGAAAGAACACUCCGAGACCAAGGCCGAAGCUGACUCUGCGACCGCGACUGCGACUGCGACUGCGACUAAAACCAACACUGAUGGCGCUUGA